AUGUCCGUGAAAGCUUUCGUGGAUGGUAUGCUGAGAUCUAACAAAGUCGUUGUAUUUGCCAAAGUACAUUGUCCUUAUAGCCAAAAAGCUUUGGCUGCGCUGGAAAGUUGCAAUGUAAAGCCUGGUGCAAUGACAUGUGUAAAUAUAGACGAAAGGCCCGAUUGUUCGGAGAUUCAGGACUAUUUACAGGUUUGUCGAAGCCGCCCAUUUUAAGG